AUGCGCAAGUACUUUGUCAAGCUCGAAGACAACCACUACUUGCUCCCUGGCCAGAAGGGCCACGGCUACGAGGGCUGGCUCGGAACCUCUUACGCCCCCAUCGACAUCGUCCUCACCGACCCUAAGCUUCUCAGUCUCGUGACCGGCGCCACCUUUGCACUCGGUAAUCAGACCAAUGCUCUUCUUAACCUCGCCUCCCUUGUCGCUGGCGAUGCCAACUCGGCCUCUGCCAAACGUGAUAGCCAGCCCUCCAUCUUCCAGAUCCCCUUGUCGACUGCGGAUGGCAAGCGCGGUGGCUCCAGAGAGUUUGUUGUCGCUGUCCGUGAUGCCAAGACCGCCGAUGGCUCGAAGGCUUUCCCUCUUGGUGAGUUUGCCUUGUAG